CAGUAUGUCUCGAGACGAAAAGGCACAAAAGGUGUGAUACUUGCUGACGAAAGUAAAGACGAAACGUUUGAUCUAUCUCGUGCCUCUUCUAAUCAGUCACUGGCUUCGACUACAAUGUCAACGAGCGGCUUUGAGGGUUGUUCAAUGGACGACAUUGCAGUGACUGCGCUUGAAAGAAUCGCUGCCUACUUACCAGUAAAUGACACGAUUCGUAUGGAACGCGUUAGUAAGCGGUGUAUGGAAGCGUCUAUGAAGUCAUGGUCCUUAGUUCCGAGACUCGUUUUGGCCAGAGAUUGUGAGGGUUUCGGGAAGCAUAAUCCGUUUCGUAACUAUCAUCUCAAGUCCAUACUAAGACGUGCUGGAGUUCAUCUGAAAUCGCUGGAUAUGAAUGGCAUAGUGCACUUGAUGGAUGAGAAGGCCCUGGAAAUUAUUGCAGCUAGCUGUCCAAUAUUGGAAGAGUUGGAUCUCUCCGGAGUUCGGGCGUCAUGGGAGGCCCUAGGUGAUCUGGGCGAGUCGUUGACGAAUUUGAAGAGGUUGACGUACAGGGACAUGGACAACGCUUCGGACAAGGCGUUCUGGUUCCUCAUUAAAGGAUGUGGUCGCGGACUGCAGUUCGUUGAUCUGCGUGGAUGCCGUCGAUUACAUGGUAGAUGUUUCCGAUUGUUUGGCGAACAGCUGGAACAGUUGUAUUUGGACGGGUGUGUGCACGUGGACGAAAGAGCGCUGGAAGAUCUGUGCACCUGUGCUGCUGGUUUGAAAGAGCUACGGCUCAACGAUUGUUUUCAAAUAACGGACGAGAAUUUGAGGUGGGUUUUUCAAACUUCAUGA